AUAUAUAUAUAUAUAUAUAAGGGACUAGCAGUGCCCCAUAUGAAAUAUCAUUCUCACUUACAGCUCUUCUCCACAAGGUUUUCUGAGUGAUGGAAAUAAUGUCCCAAAGGGUGGUGAUGUCCCAAAGGCUGGGGCCAAUGGGUGGUAACAUGGGAGCAGCAUUCGACGAUGGUGUUUUUGACGGUGUGAAGAAAAUAGUUGUCGGAAGAGACCAGGGAUGUGUAUCAUAUAUCAAGAUCGAAUACGAAAAGGACGCGAAAUUUGAAACCCGUGAACACGGGACGAUUCGGGGGCCACUACAAGAGUUUGCUGUAGAAUAUCCCAAUGAAUAUAUAACAUCCGUUGGUGGAAGCUUCGAUCUUGUUCCAUUCUAUAACGCAGUGCUGAUCAAAUCGCUAGUCUUCUAUACCUCAUAUAGAAGAACCUCUCCGACCCUCGGUGUGGCUGGAGGAAGAGCUUUCUGGCUCGAGGGUAGAACUGGAGGAAGGCUUCUUGGUUUCCAUGGACGCUCUGGUCAAGCUCUUGAUUCCAUUGGACCUUACUUCUUCGCUCCAAAUCCUCCUCUUAGGCAUUUCGAACGCCAAGGUGGUAAUGGAGGGACUCCAUGGGACGAUGGUGCUUACGAUGGUGUUAGAAAAAUAUUAGUGGGCCGAGGUGGCAGGUUUGUGAGUUAUUUUAGGUUUGAGUAUGCGAGAGGCGAAAGAAUGGUACCACAUGCUCAUGGGAAGAGACAAGAGGUUCCACAAGAGUUUGUGGUUGAUUAUCCUCAUGAACAUAUUAUAUUGGUGGAGGGAACAGUCGAUGUCUGCCUUACGUCGGUUAUGUUUAAGACAUCAAAAGGAAGAACCUCCCGUGUUUUUGGGAAUGUGGUUGGUAGGAAAUUUGUGUUUGAGGAGAAAGAUUUCAAGAUUGUCGGAUUUUGUGGUCGAUCUGCUGAUGCUAUUGAUGCUCUUGGUGCACAUUUUGGCCCUCUUCGCACUCCAGCUCCAGCCCCCGGUCCAGCUCCUGCCCCUGGUCCUGCUCCCGCUCCUGGUCCAGGUCCCCGUCCAUCUCCUGCUCCCGGUCAAGGUCCCCGUCCAGCUCCCGGUCAAGGUCCCCGUCCAUCUCCCGCUCCUGCUCCUGGUCCAGGUCCCCGUCCAGCUCCCGCUCCUGCUCCUGCUCCCGGUCAAGGUCCCCGUCCAGCUCCCGGUCCUGCUCCCGGCCAAGGUCCCCAUCCAGCUCCCGCUGCUGCUCCCGGUACCAGUGCCACUCCAGCUCCAGCUCCAGCUCCCACUACCACACAGAUAGGACCGGUCGGUGGUGAGAAGGGAAACACAUUUGAUGAUGGUAUUUUCGAUGGUGUGCAGAAAAUAACUGUGGGGAAAGACAUAUACAGCGUAACUUAUAUCAAGAUCGAAUACGUAAAGGAUGGAAAAGUCGAAAUCCGUGAACACGGGACAAAUCGGGGGGAGCUAAAAGAGUUUUCCGUGAAUAAUCCGAAUGAUUAUAUCACAGCCGUUGGUGGAAGCUAUAAUCAUAUAUUCAACUACGAUACAACGCUUAUCACAUCGCUAUACUUCACAACCUCGAAAGGAUUUACCUCUGCAUUAUUCGGUGAGAUGAGUGGAGAAGAAUUCAAUCUAAAAAGUGAAAAUGGAGGAAAGCUUCUUGGAUUCCAUGGACAAGCUGGUCAUGCUAUAGAUGCCAUUGGGGCUCAUUUCGAAAGAGGUUCUGGCAUUUGAAGGAAGUUAAGGAGAAAGGUUACUAGAUCAUUCGGUUCAAUGAAAAGGCUGGUGAUUUGGUUCAUCAGAUGGGAAUCUAUGUCGUUUCCAUUAUAACCAAUUAGAGACUUUUACUCUUUAGUUUCCUCUUUCUCUUUGUUUCUAGAAAAUAAGGUCACUCAAACGUCUGAGUUCUGAAUGACUUUUUUUUUUUUUUGUCAAGCUUUUCAGCUUUUAACUAUGUUUAUGUGUGUAUUAAUAUUUACUGUAUUAGUCGCUUAAAGUUAU